AUGUUCACUCCCUGUACUUGCCUCUCGUCUCCCAGCGUCUGUCCUUACUGGGGAGGUGUUCUAGGUUUGUUAACCAUGGUGACAGACAAGGUGGGCGGUGUUCUAGGUCUGGUAACCAUGGUGACAGACAAGGUGGGCGGUGUUCUAGGUUUGUUAACCAUGGUGACAGACAAGGUGGGCGGUGUUCUAGGUUUGUUAACCAUGGUGACAGACAAGGUGGGCGGUGUUCUAGGUCUGGUAACCAUGGUGACAGACAAGGUGGGCGGUGUUCUAGGUCUGGUAACCAUGGUGACAGACAUGGUGGGAGGUGUUCUAGGUUUGUUAACCAUGGUGACAGACAAGGUGGGCGGUGUUCUAGGUUUGUUAACCAUGGUGACAGACAAGGUGGGCGGUGUUCUAGGUUUGUUAACCAUGGUGACAGACAAGGUGGGCGGUGUUCUAGGUCUGGUACCCAUGAAGACAUACAUGUUCGUAGGUGAACUACCUGACACAAACACACCUCAUCCACCACCAGCCACCAUGGAGACCAACUACCACCAGACACCAUGGAGACCAUCCACCACCAGCCACCAUGGAGACCAUCUACCACCAGACACCAUGGCGACCAUCUACCACCAGGCACCAUGGAGACCAUCCACCACCAGAUAUCUAUUCAUCCACCACCAGAUAUCUAUUCAUCCACCACCAGACAUCAUGGAGACCAUCCACCACCAGAUAUCUAUUCAUCCACCACCAGAUAUCUAUGGACCAUCCACCACCAGAUAUCUAUUCAUCCACCACCAGAUAUCUAUUCCAUCCACCACCAGAUAUCUAUUCAUCCACCACCAGAUAUCUAUUCAUCCACCACCAGAUAUCUAUUCAUCCACCACCAGAUAUCUAUUCAUCCACCACCAGAUAUCUAUUCAUCCACCACCAGACACCAUGGAGACCAUCCACCACCAGAUAUCUAUUCAUCCACCACCAGACACCAUGGAGACCAUCCACCACCAGAUAUCUAUUCCAUCCACCACCAGAUAUCUAUAA